AUGUCACAAAUCGUAGAAAACGCUGGACCCAUAGUCGAUGACAAGUCAGACGAAGAUGAUGAUCAUGGCAAAUCGAAUACUUCUACUCCAAAGCGUAGAUACAAGAAAAGGUCCAAGAGAGAGACAUCGAUCCCGCUUUGGCAGCAAACUGAUGUUACAACUCUUCUCACGUCUGACGAUGACGACGAGCUGGAGGUCAUUGAGGAAGGCGAAGGGAGUGGCCAAUCACCUCUCAAACGAAAGCGAGAGCGAA